UAUUUCAUGAUUCACUUCUGACUCAUUCCAAUCAUAAUAAGUUGAAAACGUUUCAGUUGAGAACGGGAUCGAUAACUCAUUUAAAUUACUGUGAUUGCUAGAAAUCCGUUUUGCAAUGUCCCUUAACACGGCUCACGCAAAUAACGGGGUGUUAAUCCAUGCAGGAGAAGGCAUCCUUGUCUUUUGCGACAAUGUAACAAUGGAAUUUUCCGGCCAAGAUGGCCAUCAAUUUAAAGGCACCAAACAAGGACGCGUAUACCUUACGACACACCGAAUGAUAUUUAACAACAAGAAAUUGGACGAUGCAAUGCAAUCGUUUAGUUUUCCGUUCGUCACACUUCACGAUGUUCAGCUUGAGCAACCAGUCUUCGGUGCGAAUUAUAUCAAAGGAAAAGUUCGAGCGCAAGAUAAUGGUAACUGGUCCGGCGAGGCUAAGUUCAAGUUGGUGUUCAAGAACGGUGGAGCUAUCGAUUACGGGCAGGCUAUGCUGAGGGCAGCAUCAAUGGCUCAACGGAAUGCUGGCGCUGCUCCUCCUCCACCAUACACUCCGCCAGGUGGUGGUUGGUAUGCUGCACCCCCACCGGCAUACACUCCGAAUCCGUACAACUACGGCUGGGUUCCAUCCACAACGGUGUUUCCCGAUCAACCGGCACCCAAUACGAUCUACAUGCACGAUAGUCCACCACCGUAUCCGGGAAUAAUCGCAACCGCACCGGCCAACUAUCCGCCACAACAAGGCUACCAACAGCCCCCGAAUGGAUAUCCAUACGCGCCUCAACAAAGUGGUUAUCCGAUUCAAAAUGGUACUCCUGGGUAUGGGUUCGUUAAUGGGCCAGGAUUUUCUGGAGUUCCCAAUGGGUCUCCACAGACAUCUUCUGCAAAUUCCAAAGAAGCUGAGGCCGCUCAAAGCGCCUAUUACGAUCCAAACAGACCACAAACUGCUUACGUACCCCCUCAGACCUAUUAUGAACCACCACCAAGCUAUAGUUCGUUGAACAAGAAGGAUCAGUAGAAGUUUAUUUUCCUGCUUUAUGAAAAUCGCAUGCCUUGGCUGCUGGUUACAAAGCGCGAACGUACUUUUUAGUGUGACUAUGUAAAACAUCGUUACACAAUCUGCAGAAUGAAUCCUUACAACAUUCUUCAAAAAUGAAAUUUGUCGUGGAUAUAUAGAAGUGUGGAUUUCACAGGCUAACCAGUGAAAUGUAUUACUAUUUGAAACUGUUUAAGCACGAAUUGGUUCUGUUUAGCAUUACACAUUAAUGCUCGCUUUGAAAAUGUUAUGUCGUGAUCAUUCAAUAUUCCUUAUAAUAUAUGUUAUUCAUGUAAAAUAUAUACAAAAUAUGCAAAAAUAAAAAAAAAUCGCUGCUAC